AUUCGUUCUCUUGAUGCCUUGUGUCUUUUUCUGGUUGGAUCUGGUAUCGCUUUGGAUUGCUUCCAUUUUCUAUUCGUUCUGUCCUUCCUUGGGCAGGCCUCGCCCACCCUUCGACGCACGCUCCUACACAAGGUUUUCACCAAAUGGCGGGACGGCACCUCCACCGCUCGGUGCUCGGGGUGGCACGACGCGGAUGCGCAGCAGCAGCAGCAGCAGCAGCACACGGACGGCCCCUUGCGUCGGAGACACCACGCGCCGCUCGUACAGCCGGCGCUUGUGCGGGUCGGUCCUACCACGAGGUGUCCUUUUCCCGGUGCUCGGCGGACCCCUCGGAGGUCCUGUCCUACCGGUCGGACCCCUCGAUCGGCGACCGGGAUCCCCCGGGGUGUUCCGGCGACGCCGGGACGCCGCAGACCACGCUGGUCCGCGUCGAGAUGGAACACGUCCCGUGGAACCCGGCGGACGCCAACACGGUCCAGGGCCGGUACCCGUCGCCGUACCUUGCCCCCCACGGGCCCCCGGUGCCCCCCACCGGGCGGUACUUUUCCAAGGACCCCGUGGCCGGGUCGGAGGGCUGGGGCAGGGUCGCCCACCCGGUCCCGCUCCCCUUUCUCCCGAACGGGACGCCCGUGGCCCUCGGCCUCCCGGGACUCGGGACGAUGCGGUCCUCCCUGUGGGUCCCGGCAAGUGCCCUCCUGCCCCUCCCGGGUGCUUUCGGGGCCGCCCUGGGGCCCGCGGGGGCCUCGCUGGUGCAGCUCGGCGGAACCGCCCUGAGGAUGCUCUCGGGCUUUGUGCCCCUCGGCAAGAACGGAAGCGGCAGCAGCGUGGUGCUGCAAAACGCGGGGAAUUCCGGGGUUGGGUUUCUGGCCAGCCAGAUCGCCGCGUCCUCGCUGUUCCGGGGGGAGGACCGGGCCGGGGGCGCACCCGUCAUGGUCAGCCUCGUCCGCCGGGGCCGGCGGUCGGAAGAGUCCUUUGCGGAAGCGGCGGGGGUCCUGGAGCGCGCCGGAAAGAACGCGUUCGUGGCAGCGGAAGAAGACUUCUUUUUGCCCGGCGACGCCUGCGCGAAACAUAGGAUCGUCGACCGGGAGGCGGUCCGAGCGAUGAAGGAGCGGCUCCGGGCCCUCUCCCCCGACGGGUCCCUCCCCCGGCUGGCCCUGAACGCGGUGGGAGGGGACAGCGCGGGCCUCCUGCUCCGGCUCCUGGAGCCCGGUGUGGGCAGCACCCUGGUGACCUACGGGGGCGUUCCCGGGGCUCCCGUGUCGGUGCCGACGCCCUCCCUGGUCUUUGGCGGCGUCCGCGUGGAAGGCUACUGGCACUCGCGGUGGAUGGCGGGGGAGCACGCGAGGCAACGCGACCGCGGCAGCGACGCAAGCAGCGACCACGGAAGGAUGCACAGCCCUUCCGUGGAACAGCUGGUGGAAACCCUGUCGGGGCUGGUCCUAAACGAGGGCCUGGAGUGCCCCCCCGCCAGGGUGGUGAAGCUGAACGACCUGGAGGAGGGCCUGCGCUGGCAGAGCGACCUUGGACGGACGCUCGAUGGACCCUUGCUCCGGACCAAGCUGGUCUGGGACUGCCGGGAGGAAGGAGCGGACCGUGCGGGCUAGGCCGCGACGGGGACGACGGCACGGAAGCAAACAUAGCGGUGACAAAGAAAUACAAGCCAUAGUA